AUGGUGGAUGAUUUUGCUAGGCUCAUGACUAACAAAUUUCACAUGAACAUGAAUAGAGAGAUUAAUUUCUUUCUAGGACUUCAAGUUAAACAGAUUUCUCAAGGAAUCUUCAUCCAUCAAGAAAAAUAUACCUCUGAGCUGCUGAAGAAUUACUCAAUGGAUAACUGCUCUUCGGCUAAGGUGCCCAUGGAAUUCGGUUAUGAGAUUUCCACGGUUCCUUCAGGAGUACCUGUUGAUCACAAAACUUAUAGAGGCAUCAUUGGCUGUCUCAUGUAUCUCACUGCUAGUCGUCCGGAUAUAGUUUUUGCAACGGGUGUAUGCGCAAGGUAUCAGGCUGAUCCAAAAGUAUCUCGUAUGACCGCAGCCAAAAAGAUUCUAAGGUACCUAAAAGGAAGCAAGUCUCUUGGUCUAUGGUAUCCCGCAUGCAAUGACUUCAGUCUUCAAGCAUUUACAGAUGCGGAUCAUGUUGGAUGCAAACUUGAUCGAAAGAGUACAUCUGGUGGAUGUCAAUUCUUGGGAGGAAGACUUGUCUGCUGGUCCUCACGAAAAUAA